GGCGAAUCGAGUCAUGUAAGUAUGCUUCUUCCUGGAGAUCUCGGUUCCAACAUAAAUAUGUUCACCGAGCAGUAGUAGAACGAUGACUCAAUAAUGCUGCGGCAUUUCUUUGAAUCUAUUAUAACAAACUAAUUUUAUUGGUAAACACUAAACUAAGUACGAGAAGUGAGAAAAUAUGAGCAGUUCAGGAGGUCUCUUUACGUCUGCAGCCACGCUAUUGAAGCGGAAAGACGAGAGAUGGUCUCCAGAGAAGAAGCGAGUGAAAAGUGAGACGGGAGAUGGCUCCACUUCCGCGGUGGUAGCGGAAGCAGGGCAACAAGAAGCGCCUUUGGCCAGCGAUUUGCCUCAGGCAGAAGCGUCAGAUAGAAAGCCUGCGGAGCAGCAGCAGCAGCAGCAACAGCAUGCAGACGCUCCGGUCGUGGAUGCCACACGACCCGCGCUGGGGCCUAAUCAGAUUCCGCCCCGGCAAGAAUGUAACCAGAAUGCAUCAGUUGCAGAAUCUAUCCAGAGCGCGCCAAUAGCAGACUGGAGUUUGGUUUUCGAGAGCGAUAUGCGUGAUGCAGCCGACGGGGAUGACGCGCUGGGAGACCUCAUGCUCGGUGGAGACGAUCAAUCAUUAGUCUUAGCGCAAAAGGCCGAUGAUAUGUCAAAUACUUCCGCUUCUCUUUCAACCAAGCCUGCAGUGCCGCUCCAUCCGAAUCAUGCUAAAGACGUGGCUCAAUUCAGUGGUUUCGGAGGAUACAGUAUGCCGAAUCCACAACUACAGUCCGCAAACAACGGUGUACUGACGGCGCGACAGAAAGCAGUCUUUCUGCCCAAAGGAGUGAUUUUUCAUUCGUUUGAGGCAUUCAACGAGUUGUGCGCCCAACGCUGGACGGCGGAAUUUCGGCGCAGCGCUCACAUUCGGAAGCUCAAGAAAACGGAACAAGACGCCUACUACAAACUGAAGAGCGACUUCGCGCGAACGCUAUUCGAGAACGCACGGCGCGAUUUUCGCUUCUCACGAAGCGUGGACGUCGCUGUCUAUCAAGCGAAGUUCGAUGGCAGCGGACUGGUAAGGGAGACGAACAGUAGCACGAGAGCUGUACUAGAUGAGAAGAUGACUUCGAAAAAAGAAGACAAUGACAAACAGUCAUGUGAUGCAGGCGAGAGUGCUUUCGGUGGAGCUGCGAGCGUGACUAGCAGAACCGAGAAAGAACAUUUUCCGGUGCGCGCCUCAACAAAACGAAAAAAAGCUCAAGAAGAACUACACGCAGAGAAAAGUAGAGCUCUUGUUCUUGCGCAAGGAGUUGUCGACUUCGAUGCCGAGGUAGUGUCUGUCCCGGACAAUAUGGGCGAACAUAGUUGUAGGGACAUUAUUGCUUCUACAAAACGACCCGGCGAAGAUGAGUCUAAGUCAGCACAGCGUCUGUCGGUCUUUGCACGUGCUCGAAAAGAGGAAUUGCACUUCUCGCGAGCGCCAAAAGCGGACCUGUCAGCGGAAAACGUGCCUACUAAACCAGACUCGGCAUUCAUAAAAACAAAGGAUGAUUUGAAGAAAACUUCUAAAACUGCGCCAACAAAUAAAGGAGAUUAUGACAAAGCAGGAAAAGCGCAGAAACAAGAAGCGAAGAAAAGCGAUGAGAAUGAGAAGAGCUCUAAAAAGGACGAUAAAGCAACUUCCAAGAAGAAUAAAAGCAAAACCUCUUCUGAACAAGGUAAGAGUUCCAGCACUUCUUCUGUACUGAAAGAUGGUCCUAAAGACGAAGAUGAGCCACUUGAAGAAGUAGACCUGAAGUGGCUAGGCGAUGCGGCUAAAUGGAAACCCAGUUUUCAUCCGAAUCAAGAGGUUAUCACAAAUCCAAUGUUCACAGAACCUGAAGAGGCUGCUCUACCACAGUGUCAAGACCUGGUGCUUCAGGCUGAAACUUCUGCGCCAGUGCCCCCGACAGUAGCUCAAGAUACACGCACACCUGCUGCAACUUCUGAUGGAGCCGAAAAACGCGACACUGUGUCUAGUAGCGUGAAGGGAGCUCCUACGACGACAGCUAGUGGCGCAGCCGCCGAGACAACAGCAAGUAGUGAACAAACUGGGAUGAAUAAGGACGUCAAAGAGCCUGGGUGCGCUAGUAAUGAGAAGAAGACUACGACUACUGCCGAGACCGACCAGAAGGUGCCCGAACAACAUCAACAACAACUUGAUAAGCCUCUGUUCAGCGACGUAACACGUGAGCGACUCCUCGACAUGAUUGAGGGCCUGGUAGUUGCGACUUUAGCCCGACUGCGUGAGGGCGCUUUGCCCUGGGUGGCUCUGCUGAAAUUAGACGCUUGCGCGCACGCUGACUUGGCCAUCGAGAAGUGGAUGGAGCGUUUGCUACGCAAGAGCCCCGCCAUCCAAGUCGCAGUGGAUGAAGCCGAAGGACAGCACUCAUCUUCAUCAUCUAGCUCUUCUUCGUCUUCGGGAAUUUCAAGAGGCGGACAGAUGACGAAGAACUCUAGUAGUAAGGUGGUAUCCAGAGCAGGAAACGGAUCAGAAACAACUCCUGCUGCGAACGGUGCAGACGACGACGAGUGCAUUGUAGUCUAUUCGAAUGAAGGCAGCGAUGGGCAAAUCGGGGGAGAUCAGCACACCAACCUUGAGCAGCCUGCGGACAGUCAGGAAUCGAUGUCAUCGUGUUGGUCCGAAGGCGAAGAUGAUAUGUCUGUAGAUCAUUGGUAUGUGCAUGCUGUGCGAUUGAACGUCAACCUCGAUAAGACAGUAAUUCGACCACCUUUGUCGCACCGAGUGCAGAACAAUAAUGCUACUUCUAGUAGUGGUCGUGCUAAUAGUAGAAACAAUAUGGGCAAUGGGACUACUAGCAAACUGGCACCCGCGAUGUUUCCUUUGAUGGACGUGGAAUCAUCUUCGGCCACGUGCUCAGAUAUGGUGUUGGUACAGCAGGGAGACGAUAAGAAGAUAACCACUUCUAGUGUGAACAAUUCCGAAAAGGCUACGAACGGGGAAGAUGCCCUCGUGCAACUCGUUGGUGAUCAACAUUAAGGGUAAAAGAAAUCCAUCUUCACUGUCAUCUUGGUCCCGUUUUUCAACGGAAAAGGAGACCCAAGAUGCCGCUGAAGAUGGGCAUCCAUUAGUUCUAACAACAAGCGUCGCCACAUGAUCGAAAUAAGGGAGUUACAACAGCUCCUGAAAUUUCUGCCACGACGACCUGCCAGAUGUCGGUGUCCAACAUGUCUACAACGCUACUGCGCAUUGCGCGGAUCUUCGCAGUGCUGAACCUCGUUCACGAGAUGAUUCUCGAGAAUCGGGUUUGCACGCAACGUGAACUCUUCUACCGCUUAAAAGCGAAGGAUCUGCAGAACGGGUUGUUUACACAGCAAUUGCAGAUGAACAAAACUCUGGAAGACUUGGUCCUUCUUCUGCGUGCACCGCGUGCCAGCUUAGGCGUAGUUACGACGCAAAAAGGUUUACUAGCUGGUGCGAGACUGACUUUUGACGGCCGAUCGUUUGACGUGGGCUUUCCAAGGGGCGUGCCGAUUGGGGAGGACAUCCUCAAGAAGAACAUCGAUCUGGGCUAUCAUCCUCGUUUGGUGCUCAUUGUUGAAAAGGAGACGGUUUUCUUCACGCUUCUAGAUGCGGAACUCUGUAAACGCUUUGACAUUCUCCUCGUCACGGGGAAAGGCUUUCCGGAUGUGCUCUUACGGUGAGAGAGAGAUCAACCGCCGCACGAUAGUACUCAAGGAUGAAGACUACACGAAAACUGAAAAUAACCGAGUUGCUGAGUGAAAUAAGGGAGGUAUAAGUAGCUUUGACAGGGCUACUCUUCCUUGUUCAGUAUCUCGCUCAUUUUCAGUAGUUGCUCGCUUAUUUCAGUUUUUCGAAUAAAAAGAAAAGCAUUUUCACGCAUCUGCGGUUCGACAUGUUUAUAUAUUCUGGAAGAACAAUGGGGUUAGCAGUUGACUUUCCUAACAUUUUUUAACACGGUUUAACUUAGAUGUAAGUGGUAUCACUCCACACUACUUUUUUUUACAUCUUCCACCUUCUGGUCUCUAAUCCAAACCCGGCGUUUAUUGUGCAAGCUCGAACGCAUUUAUCCUCUGCUGCCCUUCUGCUACCUCGGCGAUGCGGACCCUCAUGGGAUACAUAUCUUUCUGAGCUACAAACGCGUCUUGCCGUCACUAAAUUAUUUGGGAUUGCACGUCUCCGACAUGCUGGCCGCUGACGCUUCUACUAACAAUCCUAUAAUUGGUGGCAAGUCCUCUCUAGGAGGACCACCUUCGGGCGGCUAUACUAGGAUUCAACAGGGCAUGAAACUAUCUGCGAAAGAGAAGAAGAUUCUGCGCAACCUAAAGGAGGAAAAUGCAGUGCUGAACAACAACGCCCUUCAUCGAGAAGUGGAUCGAAUGUUGCAAGCAGGUCUCAAGUUUGAAGUGGAAGCAUUACUGGACUUGGACAUCAAUGAGGACGAAUCAGCGAACGGUGCUGGCAGGAAGAUUAAGGCUUAAUAUAUUUCAUUUCUACGAGUCAUUUCUCCCUAUUUCCUUCUUAGGAUUGGGAGAAAUGUGGGCAAGAAAUGAAUUGUUUUGAGCUCUAAGAAGAACUACUUUUUGGACAACUACAUGCCGAAAAAACUAUGUAAUCGAUUCACGUGGAUCUAG